GGCACAGACAGCGCUUUACAGCUGCAGAGCAGCAGCAGAGGGAUUACUCCUAUUUUCAUCUCUGCCUUCAUGCUUGCUGGGCUGGUGAGGGAUACUAGUGCACCGUGUGGUCAGAUGGAGAGGGAAAUUCAGAAAGAGGAACCAGAAGAGGAACAAGGAGGGCAAGGAAGACUUGAUAGGGGAGCGAGGCAGUUGAAGGUCCUACUGCAGAGGUCUUAAUGCAGACUUCAGAUCCACAGUCCUGGAGGCAUUAUAAUGGAUGGUAGUGCUUGCUAUGGGUUCAGUAGCAGAGGAGUCUGGAGGCCUGAGAUGGAGGAAACCAGGCACAUGUUUGAGCAGUGAUUUCUUGAAAAAGGUUGCAAGCAUGGUCCAUUACAGUGGACCAUUUUUACUGGCUUUUAGUCUCACAUUUUUCAGCAGCCUACACACCGUGUCCCUGAAUAGAGAUGGAGGAAGCCAGGUCUGGACUCUUACAAACCGAGUUGUAGAUCCCACAAACCAUAUCCAGCCUGCUAGCAGCUCACUAUGGACCAAACAUACAUCUAGAGCCAAGAUUGACACCAUUACUCCAUCAAUGACCAUCUCCCUUUUUUCAGAGCUCAUCAUGAACUCUGAGAAGAACAGCACAGCACUGGAAGAUCUGGGAGUUGCUGCCUUCACAAAAGCAAAUUUCCAAAGUAGACGGAACAAGAAGUCGUCACGGUCAGCUUCAAGUGCAACAUGGGCUGAGAAUACAAAUUCCUUUAAAACCAACAAAACUGGCAUUUUGACUGAUAUUCCAACCAAGAGACAAAACUCUUGGUCAGCUACUCAGGGCGACGAGCAGAAUCCUGUAACAGAGCGUUCUGUUACCUCUUCAGGACGUAAAGGUCGUUCUUCUGAAACUGCCGUAUUGGCAGAGCUAAGAUUGGCUGCAUCUCCUCAGUCAGCUGCCCAGACCUGGAACAAAACAUUCCAAGCUCUUGAGCCUGCCGAUUCCCCAAAGUUCAUCCACUCCCGCACAGCACAAAAAUCUCCCGACCAAGAAAGAGUAGAAACCAGAGUCAGUGCUGAGUGGGGGCUAAGGCAGUCUGAAGUCAUUUCACAUAGACUGGAUACAGGAGAGCUUUCAGGCGGUGCAGGUCUGGGACAGAGACAAGCAGAUCAAUGGUACAAUGGUACGCAGGUAGAGGAUUUUACAAAAAAGCCACUUCAUGAAAUGGUUGUGAGUGAUUCCCUCAAAGGCUUGUCUGUGCUUGAUGACGGACAUGACAAUGACUUCAUGGAAUCUUCCUCUCAACCGGAUUGCAACAUGGAUACCACAGGGGCCUGCAACUCCUCUGACGACCUCAAAAUCAACCCUUACAACAACCUUUUCAGCACUCUGUCUCCUGCUUCCCCGAUGCCCUCUCCUGGUCACAUGACCCCACCUCACUCUGCCAUGACCCCACCCAUGUUGGUGCCUCUGCUGUCCGACUGGAACGCGGCACUGGCAACGUGGGGCCUGGCAUGGGAGCUGCAGGUCUAUGGGCUGGCCUGCAUCUUCUCACUGGUGGCAGCUCUGUCGGCACUCGGCCUGCUCUGCCUGCCCAUGCGCUGGCCCUCCGACUGCACACGCUUUGGGCUCCUGCACCUUCUGCAGCUGCUGGCUGGCUCCAGCCGAGCCCUCUGGCUCUUCUACGACCCAUACGGGCAGCAGGGGCGCCUGCCGGCCGCCUGGGCACGCCUGCUCCACGAGGCCACCUACCCAUGCCUGGCAGCCGCCUUCGGCCUACUACUGCUGCUGCUGAGCGCUCGCUCACCCGCCCAGCUCCUCCUGCGCAGCACCCUGCGCCGCUGCUCGGGCCUGCUGGCCGCCCUGGUGCUGGUGCACACCGCCCUGGUGGCGGGCACUGUGGCUGUGCUGCGUCUGUUCCCCGGCCUGCCCGUCGCAGCUCUUCUGCCGGCGUCGGCCUUCACGCUGCUCUCCUCGCUGCUUGCCGCCACCUACCUGCUGCUCUACUGCCGUACCUACGCCUGUGCCAGGCACAUCUACCAGCUGAGUGAGGCUUCCCCGGAGGACCCAGGCCACCGGGGACGCCGCUACCCGCUGGCUGAGGCCAGCAUGUGGGAGCGGGCAGCCGAUCUGGGGCUGCUCUCUGCACUCUUUCUGCUGGCAUGUGCCGGGCUCAGGGUUUACGCCAUGGUGCACGCGGGCGGACUAGCGCCUUGGCCGUGGUGGGGAUUUCAGCUCAGCUGCAGAGUGUGCGAGGCAGGCGUGUGUCUCAGCCUAGCGCUCGUCGUCACACACCCUCUCCUGUGCUGUGGGGUAGCUCCCUUCAAGCUUGGCUGCUGUGGCUCGCUGCUCAAAAGGUCAUCCACAGGGGGCGCUGUGACAGCCAAGCCCCCUAUCCUGUCGAGUGGCUGGUCCAAGAGGCCUGGCGAGAAGCUGGGCCUGUGCGAUAGCAUGGCGCAUCAUGAGAGCGAGAGCGUGCCGCUAUACACCCUGGUGGAGAUGCCGCUCAGCGAAUCGGAUGGCCUGGACCUCCACUUUCCUAGCAGCCCUCCACGCCAGGCUUCCGCACAACCCCCCAGAGCAGCAAAGAAGGCCCGGUCAGUCUCCCGGAGUCCCUCCCUGGCAAGCCUGGCUGGCGACUCCACGGCUGACCUGCGGCCUCCGUCUCCCAUCGAUCUGCGGCGCAGCAUCGACGAGGCUCUGAACAACGAGGCUCUGUUCCGCUGCAGCCUCUUCGGCUCCUCCAGGCUGUCUCUGAGCACACGCGGACCCCCCGACGGGCAGCCCUGCAGGGGGACCUCGUCCGAGUCUGCUCUUUACCGCACUGCCUCGUGUGGAGAGGUUGAUGCGCCCUCGGUGACCUUCCCCUCACAGCAGAGUGGGGCAGCACAGAAGUGCUCCAACUCCAAAUCUCUGUGUGGAGGGCCAAGGAGUCAUGGAGGUCAGGCGCCUUACUAUAGCAGUUUUGGUACCGGGCGUCAGAGCAGCCUGCCUAGAGGGGUGCAGCUGGGGAACCCUACCCAGAAGCAGUAUAUGAUGCUUGGCUCAUCCUCCAGAGAGAGUCUGUUUGAGGAGAACCCCACUCACCCACAAACUGAUGAACAGGCUGUGCAAGCUGAAUUCAUGAGCGUCUGCAGACAAAUAGACGCGCUGAGUGUCAGCAGUGACACAAUCGAACUGUAGGGCAAUUGGACAGGCAUUUUGAAUGCCUGAAGUUGCUCUGGUAGAACAUUUUAUGCUCAGAAGAACAUGUCAUUCAAAAUGGAUCCUGUUGGAGUGUUCCAACCUGCAGCAGUUUGCUACACAUCUUAUGAAGAGAUUGACAAUUUUUUUCCCCCUAAAGAGCUUUGUUUAAGAAUGAACUUUCUACACAUUGAACUUCACAGGUCAAAAUGAUUUGCAUAUAUGGCAUAUGAUACCAGGUGUAACACUAUGAUGUAAGUAAAUAUAAUUUUUUUUAAA